AUGCCUGGAAGGGUCACUCUUGCAGAGGCUAUGAAAAACUCUUCCCCCGGGACCUCUCCUAGCCCCAAUCGAGCCCCGAAGCUCUCGGAAAUGGUCACUCUUGACGAUCGCAUGGGAUAUUCUUCUAUCGGGACUUCUCCUAACUCCAACCAAGCCCCAGAGCCCCCAGGAAGGGCCACUCCUGCAGAGGUUACGGGAACAUCUUCUUUCGAAUCCUCUCUCAAGAAACUUGAUCUAAAGCCCAACCCGGCUCCAGAACUAGUGGACACCGAGACCAAGGUUGCGAGUCUAGUUGAAAAACUCGAGAACUUACCUACCAACCCGCCAUCUCUCUAUAUUGAUCUUGAAGGGGUCAAUCUCUCAAGACAUGGCAGCAUUUCAAUUUUACAAAUGCACAUCCAUCCACUUGAUGAAACCUAUCUAGUCGACAUACACACUCUCCAAGAGAAGGCUUUCUCGCAAUCGGCUCCUCACAGUGACCAGACUCUGCGGGCUAUAUUGGAAUCGCCGCACAUUCCCAAGGUCUUUUUCGAUGUUCGGAACGACUCGGACGCACUAUUCAGUCAUUUCCAAAUCAACCUUGCUGGGAUUAUCGAUCUUCAAUUGAUGGAACUGGCAACACGUUAUUUCUCGAAGAGAUACGUGAGCGGGCUUGCUAAAUGCAUCGAUAGGGAUGCUCCUCUCACGGCUCAUGAGACACGGGCUUGGAAGGCGUCAAAAGAAAGAGGGUUGGAUCUUUUUGAUCCGAAGCGCGGUGGCAGUUAUGAGGUUUUCAAUACCCGUCCGCUUCCAGAUGAGAUCAGGGAAUAUUGCGAGCAAGACGUUCGGUUCUUGCCUAAGCUAUUUGUUCAAUACCAGAGGAAGAUGUCCUCGUUCUGGAGCAAGAAGGUUAUCACGGAGAGCAAGGAUAGGGUGACACUCUCUCAAACAGCAACAUACGACGGAAAGGGGAACCAUCAGGCUCUAGGGCCGGCAGGUUGGUACUAG